AAGUAAAACCUUAAUGCCUGGGCUGAUUCCAUUUUGACCCAGCCCAGUUCUACAUCGUCCAGUCCUCAGAGGACGUUAUGAGCUAGAUUUUGCGUCGGUUUCCACCGUUUGGUAUUUUAUAGUAUUCUCUCCAACACACUUCCUCUAUCAGUCAACUCAUCGAUCGAUUUCUGAAUUAGCUACCUCUAAAAUUGAAUCACAAUGGGCGAGUCCGUCACCCAUCGUCGCAUCUCCGUCCAUCAAGCUCUUGGCGGCGGCCCAGUGGCUGAUGUAUUGUUAUGGAAGAGAUGGUACGCAAGCGUUGGUGUUUUAGUGUCUGCGACAACUCUGUGGAUCUUAUUUGAGAAAGCUGGUUACAAUUUAUUAUCUUUUGUGGCUAACGUGUUGUUCCUUCUUGUUGUUAUUCUCUUCUUUUGGGCUAAAUCUGCUUCGCUUCUCAAUCGGCCAUUCCCUCCACUUCCAAAUUUGGAAAUUCCCGAGGAGAUUGUUGCCAAGGCUGCUGGUAUUAUUCACGUGUAUGCCAAUUAUGCAUUGUCGAUUGCACGUGAAAUCGUGAUUGAUAAGAAUUUCAAGGUUUUCCUCAAGGUUGUUUCUGGUUUCUGUGUAGCAUCUUAUAUCGGUAGUCUCUGCAACUUCCUAACUCUUGUCUACAUUGGGGUUCUUCUUAGUCUCUCAGUUCCUUUGGUAUAUGACAAGUACCAGCACCACAUUGAUGAAAAGUUUUGUUUAACCCAUAAAAUAAUUCAAGAACAGUAUAAGAAAAUUGAUGAUGCCAUAUUGAAGAAGAUUCCAUUGCCAUCAAACAAGGAAAAGAAGACACAGUAGGGUUUCAAGUUGUUCAGCAGGCAGUGACAAGUCGCAUGGUGAAUGGAUUUUCAGCAUAUGAAGCUGUUGAGGGGUGAUUUUUCUUUCUGGUUGGGAUGCGGUCAAUAUUAGCAUAGAACAUCAGCUACUCAUGGUAGUUUUUUAGGAGCAGAACUAACCUUAAUACCACGAAUGACGAGCAGUAGAUUUUUCAUUAUUUUUUAUCUGCAGAAAAGCCAUUGUUUUGAUUCUCGUGAUCUGUAAUUUUGUCAGUCCUUGCUGUUGUUUUUAUUUCUUACUAUUUCAUUCCCACUGGAUUAUGUUCUCCGAUUGUGGAGAGGAACUAGCUUUUGAUAAUGGAAGUCUAUGAUAGCCAUGUUUUUUACUUCCUU